AAAGACAUGAGGACCCUAACUCCCUUCUGCCUAUCAUUAGCCAGUCUAGUUCUGAUAGAUGCGUCAAAUAUCGCUCUUAAUCAAAGUAGCGCACCUGUGGUCUCAUUACAAGAUGACUUCUCUGCUUUUCAUUGGCAAGGCAACUCUGCUUUUGCAGGUGAAACGUUUCAAGUUAAGGUACAAGACACGGCUCAUAUUCAAGUGGUUGAUUACAAGAACCGAGGUGAUACAUUUGAAGUAUUCGUGAAUGGUGUUUCGUUGGGCUCUACUUCCGAUGUUGAUUUUAUUGAUGACAAGACUGUUUAUGCUGAUACACCUGAAGAAGGUCUGGUGGAUGAACGCUUUAGUCGAGGUAUUUUUGACUUGUCUCAAGGUUCUCACAACAUCACGAUCAAGGCAACAAGUCCUUACGGUGAAGGCACGGCAGCUAUUCGCCUCCUCAACAGCCAUCGACCCACCUCAGCCUUCCAAAAGAGAGGACAUCAUAUGGAUGACGGCUCGCUUUACAGAGCACUUUCAGAACAUGUCUAUGAUGAUGUACCUGUCUUUGAAGAUAUUCUUGUGGUGCCUAAGAUGGUUCGCAUUGCUGCAGAUACAGUCACUGUGACAGAAAGAGAUACAACGGUUACUGUCACUCAAGAUCCUAGGGUAUCGGUCCUUACGUAUACAACUGUUUCCACAAUUGUUUAUUAUAAUACUUACCCAGGAAGUACAACAACUUACACAACAACGGAUGUCUCCCUAUACACUUUUGAAACGACGUAUACAACAGUGGUUGAAGAUGAAACAUCAGUUACUGUUACCUCUUAUGUUACCACGGUGGUUCCUACGACUCUGACGAGUACAUAUGUCACUACGGAAAUCUCGCCUGUUGAAGUUUUGAGAGAAAUUACAUUGACAGAAACAACAUUGUUGCCUGUGACAAAUACAUUGACAGAAAUAUCGGCAGUAGAAGUGACUUCUGUAAGUGUUGACACCACCACUUAUAGCACCACCCUCCUUGAAACUGUCACAACUACAGAAAGCGGUACGACGUCAACAUACACGACAACAUUGACAGUGCCUACGACAGAGACUUCAAGCACAACAUUGACCUUGAGUUCUACAACAACGGAAACAGUGACCACCACAUCUACAGAGCCUACCACCCUUACUACCACCACAACCGCCACCGAUACAUCCUUUACUACUGAUAUCAGUUCGAUCACAAUUACACAAACAUCCUCUUACACCACAACCACCAGCUUUACAGAAACAGUAACCACUCCAACGACAUUGACAAACACUCUGACAGACACAACAACCACUACACAGUCAACAACAGCAACAGUAACAAGUGUUUCAGUCUCAUUACAGCCCGUAACAACUGUUCUUUCGACAACUGUCACUACCACUGAAUCAACCACAACUACUUUACCAACCACGGUCACCACCACUGAAUCAACUACAAUCACUACACCAACUACUAUCACAUCUAUUUCAGCAACCACAACUACUUUACCGACAACUACCACUACCACUGAAUCAACUACAAUCACUACACCAACUACUAUCAUAUCUAUUUCAGCAACCACAACUACUACUACUGCAUCCACUACUGUUACUACAGUCACCACAAGCACGUUAACUACAUCGCCCUUGAUUCCAAGCUGUUAUAGUGAUAAUAACCUUGGUGUUAUAACCCUUUCGUCAACUGGAGUUAUUCCAUAUGCUAGUUGCUCAAAUGCUUGUCGAGCAGGAUCAGGUAACAACUUCCAAUUCUUUGGGCUUCAAUACGAUGUGAUCCAAACUGGCACUGCCAACAUACUUUAUGAAUGUUACUGCUUCUCUAAUGGUAACAGGCCUUCAGUCAGUGCAGGUGGAUGUAUUUUACAAGAAAAUACAGCGGAUGAUUUACUUUACUAUUACGGAAAAGACAAUCGUUAUAUUUAUGCAUACAAUACUCCUAUUCCAGUAGGACUAGCUACUCUGCCACCUGCUUAAAAUAAACUUCCUUUUUUUUUAUUUACAUUAAAUAUAUA